AAAAAAUGUAACUGCCAUGAGUAAAAUUGUCAACAAAACCAUGCCGGACUGUUGAAGCCAAUAAAAUUUCGAUGUGUAUUAUUCUUUUCCAGUAUAAUCUUUUUAAGGAUUCUAAAAUAUAAUAUUCUAUGAAUAAUUAUUAUUUAAGAAAUAUAUCUUUCAAUCUUUAACUGCGUAAUUUAUCCACUAUAUAUAAGGAUCAAACUAUCGAGUGUACGAUUUCCUUUGAUUCAUAGAUAAAUAUUCUAUCCGUAAAAAUGCAGAAUAAGAAAGAACCAUUGGUAAGAAAAGAUAUUGAGAAUGCUGAUUCAGAUAGUGAGUCUAGCGAGUAUUCUGAUUUGGAGGAAGAAGAUGAAGAAUCUGACGAAUCAUUUUCCGAUUCAGAUGAAAAUAACUCAAAGUUUCAUAAAGAAGAGUCCGGUGAAAAGGAUCUGGAAGAUGAACAUGCUAAUGACUCGUCUGAUGAAGAAGUAAUAAUUAAUAUAAUUUACAGGUCAAAUAAGCCUAUGCUCGAUCAAAAGAGAUCUGCUAAAAAUGAUUCAUCAUCAUUGGAAAGUACCAGUAAAGAAGAUCUAGAGGAUGAAUAUGCUCAUGAUACAUCAGAUGAAGAAGAUAUUCGCAAUACUGUUGGCAACAUUCCUAUGAAGUGGUAUGAUGAUUUCCCUCAUAUUGGUUACGAUAUUGAUGGGAAAAAAAUUAUGAAACCUGCAACAACAGAUGAAAUUGAUGAAUUUCUCAGUAAAAUUGAUGAUCCUAAUUAUUGGCGAACAGUGAAAAAUAAAAUGACUGGAGAGAAGGUAGUGUUAACUGAUGAAGAUCUAGAUAUUAUACAAAGAAUUCAGUCUGGCAACUUUCCAACUAGUGAACAGCAGUACGAGCCUUUUGAAGAUUUCUUUACUUAUGAGACUGCAAAACAUCCUGUUACAAAUGCGCCACCUCACAAGAGAAGUUUCAUUCCUUCCAAAAUUGAGAAAGAAAAGGUAUCUAGAAUGGUGUAUGCUAUAAAAGCAGGCUGGAUAAAGCCUAGAGUUCCCAAAGAAGAGAAAGAUGAAUUUUAUAUGUUGUGGGAUAAGGAUGUUGCUGAAGAAUCCAAAAGAAUGCGUCAUUACAUUCCUGCACCUAAGCGAAAACUUCCAGGUCAUGAGGAGUCUUACAAUCCACCUCCUGAAUUUCUUUUAUCAAAAGACGAAGUAAGUUAAUAUUCAAUUUACUGCAGAG